UCAGUUUCCCUUAGUGAAUAAUUUUCGUGAAGGGCGAGAACUUGAAGUUAGAAGAAGUGGAAGAUAACUACCUAUAAUGAAUGUAAGUAAGCGAGUUGUCCGUCGAUGUCCCUGAUUUUCUGGUAAUUGAGCACAAACGUGUCGAGGGAGGAACGAGCACGAUUCUCUCAACACUCGUAUAAGCGCUCAGAAGUGAAAGCCGAGUAGGAGCUUCAUUAUAUAUUUAGCGCAGUGCGAUAAAAAAAGAAAAAGAUGGAAGCUCCUCGCAGCGAUAUCUUUGGCGCGCCACAUUUGUUGAUGCCGAAGAUGGUGCUUCCGUCUACAACGAUGGGGCAAUCAUGUACUACAAAUUCUAAGGCUAUCUAUGGACCAUAAGUUUUAUUUCUAGCCAAAUUCUUGUCGCUAUCUUCAUUUUCAGUGCUGUAGAACACGAAAUUAUAAUACUAACUAUUGCUAGUGGAACUUGAAGUGUAAGUGUAUUAUGUUCUAAGUUUAUUUGUAGUAGUGCACGACUGAUUGCGUCUCUAUCUUUAAUUAUGAGACGUAAAUACCUACUCACACUCUAAAACAUGAAUUUUUUUGAGAGUUGUUCAGUAAGCAACUGCACGCAGGCACGUGGCGUCGAGUGUGGGCAACUGUUGGCGAGAUCGUGCGCACUCUCUGCUUCGGGUUGAGCGGCUUUCGGACGGGCCAAGGGGCCAAGAUCAGAAGUGGCAGCCACCGAGCACCACCGGCACGGCCUACUCUUGCGCCCUUUUCUGGGGCUGCCCAGCACGACAGGGCGCCCAAGACUGCGGAGCCCUUGGCAAACUCCAAAAAACCUACUCUAAACCGAUUCCGACCCCUCACCCAAAGGGACCCCUGAAAGGGUUAGAGUAGGUUUUUUGUGAAGGCCUUUUUCGCGGGAUUGUCGGGCAGGGGGGGCCGGUUUUUGCAAACUCCGAAAAACCUACUCUAAACGAUUUCGGCAGGUCCCACCUCACGACCAUUCUGGCCAGCCCUGGCCAAGUCCAAACUCGGCAGCAGAGGCCGAAUGGAAGGGAGGCAAAGGCCAUUCUACCCGUAGCUGCGUGCGCAGACCCAGCAAAUUUCAAGCGACUUGGCAGAAGGUGGGUCUCUGCUUCCCUAGCCGCGUGAGCCUAUUUGGCGGCUGAAGCAGAGCGGGCCCACCCUGGAGAGUAGUGCGCACCGCCAAGCGUGUGCAGCAGAGCCUAAUGCGUUUGCUCACUCUUUGCGCAAUAUGGCUCAAAAAGUUUCACGUUUUAGAGUGUGAGUAGUUUUUUACGUUCCAUAUUAAUGUUCUUGUUAACAUUGGUUGUACUUACCUAGCUCUCAAAUCGACGAUCUCGAACUACUUAUGGGUUGAUGCACACGAAUGAAACGACAGGAGCAGGACUUUACAAUGAAUGGCUCCGGUCUUUGGUACCCUGAUCUUGAUCAUAAGGGAAAACAAGAAGAGAAUCCUUGUGAUCCAAUUUAACUUGUCCAACAACAACAGACACGACAACUACGGGAGGAGCAUCAUCUUCUGGUGGUGUUGCUAUUCCUAGUAAACAAGGUCGGGGACAAAGCGAAGCAACAGGAGGAAGUAGAACCUUGAUUAAGGCUCCGUCUGGUGGUAGUCGUGUAUGUGCCGGCGUUAGUGAUUAUUUUUGUUCAUCCACUCCAGCUCCUCCUUGUAGUAGAACUCUCUGUUCAUCAAUUAAGGCUCCUCCUUCUGACAUUCGUGCUCCUCCUUGUAGUAGAACGAAAUGUGCUAGUAGUACUCCCUCUGAUCGGGAAGACUAUUUUUCUUCACCUUGUGGGUGGGAGUAGUUGUAGUUGUACCUAGUAGUAGAGAUAGAAUAAUUCUUCUUCCUAAUACCUUCUACUUUUUCGUUCUGUUGUUCUAGCAACUGCUAUUUGACCAGGAUCUGCAAUAGAAGAGUUGAAGUAUGGGUGACGAGCUCAAGCAUUCAACUCCCCAGCCAUGCCCUAUCAUCAAAGAUGUUGAAAAAAAUAGUCUACUAGUACUCAAGCAGGAGCUGUCCAUACCGCCCUACUGAAUGUGUUGAAACCCAAAGUAGUUUACUAGCGCUACCCCUGAGCCCUCAUCAGAAUCAAGUCGUCUAAGUCUACUACCCUCAAGCUCAUCCUCUAAGCUAAAAGCGAGCAUUCGACCUAGACUUGGCAUGCGGGAAAACACGACGAUGCGAGCCCAAUACACAACUCGGAGUACCCAACAGCCAAAUGCACAAGAAACGUUAUUAGGAACUAAUAGUCAUACAACUUUCAUCAUAUUAUUAUUAAUUUUGAUUUGAAACCAUCAGAUCCCAUGCAUGUGCAUCUUCAUCUUCUUGUGCUUUUUCAUUAUUCAUCCCAAUUAUAUUUUGUUUGAUUGUCCCACUGCCCAGUGCUUAGCGCAAACUGGCUGAGUAGUUUACGAGUGGGCCACCUGUGCACCUAUCUUGAAAUGUGCAUGAUCUUCGUUCUCAGACGAUUUCCAUUUCCUCGUCCUAAGUAGGAGCCACGUGUGAGAUCAUGCAUUAAUAUAGCUUAAGUAGCUUGUAUAUGAACAUCACAGACAUCGACGAAGGAGCAGGGUGUAUUGUAUUUCAAAUUGACAUUGAGUUUGUUUCAGCCACUGUACUAUUCUAAGAACAGAAGACGAGGAGAGCUCGUCUUCACAAGCUGACAGCGGUUCUGGUCUGGACGAGGAGCAGGACUUAAGGCGACAAUUUGCUGAGAUUGUCGUGAUUGUGUAGGUGUAAAUGACUACCACCUACUACUUGUGCAACUUCCUUGCUUCUGUCCCAUUCAGGUACUACGUAGCAGCUUGGAUCACCUCUCUUUAACUACUACAACUACAACUACUGCCUCGCUCGUCAAGAAGGAGACUGAGUCUUCUGUUAGUAACUACUACUGAGGACUAGUAACAAGAACUAAAGUUCAUCAGGUUCAGGAGGGACCGAUUAAAAUGUUGACUAUAAGUUUACUAAGUGAAGCAAGUAAAACAAAUCUCUGGCUCUUCAUCUAAGGACAGUAGCAACUGAUCGCGGCGACAACAUGGAGAUGACGAGCAAGACAGGUGCGUCCCGUUUUGCAACUCCGAAUAUGACGACGCAGGCUGAGAGAAGUACAUCAAAAAUUAAGGCUUCAUCACGUGGUACUGAAAACGAGCAACAUCAGAAGUGCGUGCCUGCGCCUCUAUCAACAACAGUGUUUCUAGACGUCAAGUGUCAACGAUCCUCCGAAAAAACUAGAACUACUAAAACAGCUGUACUAGCACAGAGUGAGAGACUGACUGUGGGUACUAGUUGGUGAGACGCAUGAUCAUCCUUAGCACUAAUUUGAGCAGCUCCGAGACUACGGACCAAGGGGAGCAGCCUACUACGUCUUCGUCCGUAGGAGGUCGUCGCGUCAUCACCCAACGCCGUCCGAACCCAAAUAGGCAGAGAAAAGGUGCAUUUACUAGUUACUCAACGUGGUCAGUCUUAAACUUAAGAUCAUUUCGCGAAAAGCUGAUCCUUCGUGGCCUCAAAAGUAGAUCUCAAAUGCUACAUUUGAGGUCCCAUGACAUGACACGACUUCACUUCUAACGUAGAACCUGUACUAGGUGUUGUACUACGUGGGGUCUGUGCAUGUCCGCCUGGUUCUGUUGUUGAGUCCUCUCCUCGUUCACCAAGUUGCACUAGUUCUUCUUCAUCUUAUGUUAUUUGUCCCCAUGAUCCACCUCGAGCUCACUCCUCAUAGACUGAUAGAUUGAGAACAUAGACUGAUUGAGAAGUAAUCUUAAUCCAUCGUAAUGACAUUAGAUGGAAUAGAAGCACUAGUUGUUGUAUCGGAAAUCUCCUUCAACACCCAAAACCCACACGCCCAGAUCCUAGGAACCUGGAGGGCAAGUCUCCUGUGCAACGACUUGCGACCCUGCACUCCGAUAUGCAGGGGUUGAUGGAUGCGAUCCAAAUGCUCCAAGAGGAGAAUAUGAGACUACGACUAAAAUCUAUGCAGCAACUACGAACCUUGUUCCGAUCGUGGUGUGAUGUACUUCUAUUCUUUAAACUACGACCCUUGUUCCAAUCGUGGUGUGAUGUACUUCUAGUUACACUUACAACUACGAACCUUGUUCCGAUCGUGGUGUGAUGUACUUCGAGUUUUUAUAAUUUUUUACUUGAAGUUAAACUGAUGAGGAUUACGAAUGACAUGCUGAGUAAUAAGGAGGAGGAAGUUGUACAAGCAAGAAGUCUCAUCAAGAGGAUAUAAUAUUAACCCUAUAGUUAGUACGACUAAGUACUAGCCCUAUGUAUAGUUAGUACUACCAUGAAGCAAUAUGACACUUAGUAGAAAUGCGAAGCCCUCAGUACUACCAUGAAGCUCAUAUGCUUAUACUACAUUUGUUCAUACUACUAUUGUUACAACUACUACUAAGUGAUCAUAAAGUAUAUUAAGUAUCUACUUAACCAGUCAUCAGAUCAUAAAGUAUGAUCUACUUAAGCACGAAAAAUACUGCAAAGACACAGGUUGACAACCGCAGCACACUGCAUAGCUUCUUUGCGGAAUGGAAAAAGCUGAUCGUGCGCAAGAGGCAUGACGAACGUCUGGAGUCUGCCGUAGAAGCGACGAGGAAAGAUUAAGGCGCUGGGGGGGCUUAAUACCAUUACCAGAGUAAGUAUGAAACCAAAAUAUGUUAAUAUGUUAUCAUUAUCAUACUUUUCUACUUAAGAAACUUGAUAAUUCAUUCAUUCAUUCAUUUACCUAGCAUGAGGUGUAAGUUCAGUUUUCUUCCACAGAUUAGGACCUACUCUUUAGUUGAUUGCUUUAUUGAUGUACCCACUCGCGGUGUGUAGCAUCUCUAAUUGGUUGCAAGACAGUCCUUUAUUUCUUCUUUCCUUUGUUGCGUCUGUUUUCGUGCUUCCUCAUUAUGUAGUUGAUGUCCUCCAAUAGAUAGUACUUCCCCUUCUUUGAAAAAUUUGAAAAUACCUUAAUAUGCUCCUUCAAUUUUCUAUAUUCCUAUUACUAUAUUGUGACGUACUCCUUACUGGUUCUACAAAUAAUAUCCUGCUUGUCUACACGUCAAUCGUUCGGCAAUAUCCCUGAGUGACAUUCCGGGGAUCGCUUCUGCUUGCCGACGCAUCCGCGCAAGAAAAGCAAAGCAACCAUCUUUAAACGAUUGCCUAUCUUCUCCUAGUGCCUUUCUUGGUGCAUUGGGCAACUUUGCAUGCUUAGAACAUGAGGACUUUGCGCAUUUACCAGGUAAGCCAGAAUGAGUUCCUUGUUCUCCUUUGUUGUAGUUGUUGUCUUCUCCUUCCUCUGAUCUGGUAAAAUCAAGGACCCAUUCAGAGUUCUUAAGAUCCGCAACAGCACCGGUUCUUCUUUUUCCUCCAUCUUCACUGCUUUCUUUUCCUCCUUCACCUUCUUCGAUUCCUGCUCCUACUUUUUCAAGAUUUCCAUCUUGUCUCCGACUUUGAUCUUUCCAGCCCAAUUCUAAGGCUUGUUUGAAAAAGAUUGCGAAAUCCUCUCGAAAGCGCUGCUCAUCUUCGGCGUAGAUUUGGAGCCAUUUUCGCCACGUUGGCGUUCGCAAUAAGCACAUGUCGCUCAUCAACAUCAUCAUGUACUCGUUGUCAUUGACAUAUUGACGGCGGAUGCCAUGAGGACACACGGGAGAAUUUCCCUGGAGAAGAUAGGUCUUGAUCUUGUUCUGUAGAAGAAGUAGUCGAUGUGUUGAGCAUCUUGAGGAAAGGGCAGCCUUCCUCCGGAGCACUACUGGCUUGCUGCUUUUCAGCUUCCUCCGUUUUUUCACCUCCAGCAACCUCAUGACCCUCGCCCCCGCCGAUGCACACACCCUGACUAUUGACCAGUCUCCAUUUUUCGUUCAGUAAAUUUUUGGCCAUAGAGUUGUUAAAAACUCCAGGCGUCGCUUGCCACGGUCCCCUAUACCCAGAAACUUCCUUAUGACAGCGUCCAAAGGCGUGACCACCGCAAAUCAGACAUACAAGCAUCUGAUCUGUCAAUCCAACGCGGUCGAUCAACUUCUUGCGCAUCUGACUGGUGAUUAAGACUAAUUCGGACGCUUCAUCCUCGUACUCACCGUAUUCGGCAUAGGGCAAACGCCCAGGCUGAAUUGGUGGCUUCACGACUUUCGUGUUGUUCUCCUCUUGUCCUAACUCUCCCCCACCUGGGAGGACUAAAUAACGGCCGUCAGAGUCUAAGCGGCCCACAGCUAGCGGAAUCGCCGGGCCACCGGCACACUCAAUCGCUACACAGGCUGACACAGCGAACAAAUCCGAAUAGGAUAUCCAAGGAAAUUUACGCUUCACCAUACGGUGUAACCUUCUAUGAGCCGCUGGCAAUCCCCGAUUGUGCGCUUCGGUGCUCUCAGGCGCAAAACGCAUUGUUGCUCCUUCCAAACCGCCUGUGUCCGUGUGCUUACAAUAAGUAAGACAACUAUGCACACAGUUACGGAUAUACUUGGGUCCCCAAGUACGUUCUGGAUCGCCGAUCUCGUUCUUAUCAUCAUACAAGGAUUCUCGAAUGGCUUCAGCUACGGCAAUCCAUUUGCGACUUUCACAAUCGGAGUCGUCUACUAAGUGCUGGACACACCGGGUUCCGAUUAAGGGGUCUUCUGACCAGGCGUUCUUAGUGGGAGAAGCGGUAGGGUGCUCUUCUGUAGCUUGUGGCCCAUCGCUGUUGCUGGGAGAAGCAGCAACUGUUUCAUCUAGAGUCAAACAUGCAACUGUUUCCUUCUCCUCUACGAUGUUCUCGCGUCUUUCGCCGUUCUCUACUACCUUAACACCUUCUUCAUGUUUCUCCACUGCUCCUAUGUGAAAUGGACAUCUUCCUGCUGUGCUUGCAGCGCCAUUUCCUGCCACAGUGAAGCCAGACGAAACACUUCUGGGAGACACGUCACAAUCUGAAUUUUCUGCUGAAGUUGCCGGAGUUGGCGCAGGGUCCAUAUUUCCCCAUGCCGCCCCUGUUUUCACAAGGGAAUCCAGCGAAGUGGAUUUUUUCAACAUGUUGAUUCCUAUGUAUUAUACCUAUUCCUGCUAACCUCCACUAGGUCUGAAAACUAGAUCGGCCUCUACACACACCGACGUAUAACGAAGACACGUAACGAAAUACAAGCAAAGAAUCUUCUUCCACAGAGCAGAAGAAAGUAACUCUAAUUUAUUUAUAGUUCCAACGAACUUCUUUGCAAUAAAAACCAAAAAAAGCCAGCACGACUUGAGCCAGAUUUUCUUUUCAUAGUAAGGCUAGAGCAGAAGUGUCGAGUGACCACUGUGACCAGAAAGACGGACUACCUGUAUCUUCUGAAUCGAUAUCACUUAGUUCUAAUCUCGAGAACAAGCCAGAUACGAUCAAUUUUUGGCGGAGAAGCAUGCGGCUCACGAGGCACACGUGCGGGGACUGCAUGAAGAGCACCACAAACACCGCGAGAGCAUGACAAAGUCGCACCAAGAAGCACUCAAUUAUGAUAGUACGGAUUUUUUAUUAUCUAUAAAGUUGAGAAUAGUUAUGUGACUAUCUCAUAAGCGACAUUCCUCAUCCUGGUAGGACCCCAUAUCCACCUACUCUAGGUAACCCAAGCGACAUUCUUUAUAGAUACUCAUAGGGGGGACCCAUUCCCAUACUCACCUGUCCUAACCCAAGCGACAUUCUUUAUAGAUACUGAUAGGGGUGACCCAUAUCCAUACUCACCUGUCCUAACCCUAGCCCUAGCGACAUUCUUUAUAGAUACUGAUAGGGCCCCAGAUAUAGAAACUGAUAGCGACAGCAUUAUACUCAACACACGUCCUAACCCUCGCGACAUUCUUUAUACUACAAAUGAUAGGACCCCACAUUUGCCUGCUCUAACCCUCGCGACAUUCUGAAGAGAUUUCUGGAGAUUUUCAGCGAAAGCAUGAGAUGCUAAGCGAUCACUUCCAACGCGGGAUGAUCGAGAUGCGCAGUGAGUUCGAAACCAAUAUGCGCAAAGUCGAGGUAGAUGCCACAAAUAGAGGAAGAGAAGAGGUAAGAACCAUGAUAUGCAGACUCUGGCUCCUCUCAUUCUUGCAAGAAUAGUUCCCACCUCAUUUUGUGUAUGUAUCUUGUUCCAUUCCUAGUACAAGUUAAGUGGCUCUACCAACAUAAUUACUAUACAGGGUGUUCUUCGAAGGCAAUUGCAAAAGUGCAUUGAUCUACAUGCUUUUCUUCCUUCGUCUUGUUUCUCCCCUAUCAUGAUGUUCGACAUCAACCUGCGACGUAUAAUCUGCUCUUUCCCUCACUAGUGCCUUUCUACUUCUACUUUCUGCUCUCAUAUUGCACAUCAACUUCCAAUCACUAGGUAGCCCGCGUCCGUUCGUUGCAUGCAGAAGCUGAAGCGAACGUGAAGAGAGUCGAGAGCGAAAAGCGCGCUCAUCGUUCGGAGCACGAAAGAGUAGUGCGUGAUUUAGAGCACCGCAUUGCUACGCUGGAACGAGAGGUCGACGAAAAGAGUCAACAGCUACAAUUAUGACCCGGCUUUCCUUUAUUUGUACUUCCAUGUAUGUCCUCUAGAACUACAUUUAUGUCAUCUCUUCAGCAUCGUCUUCGGCCUCUUCGGUAGUGGUACUCGAACUCGUACUAGUAUGUCUAAAUUUGGUAGUGGACCUCGUACUAGUAUUUCUAAAUUUGGUAGUGGCACUCGUACUAGUAUGUCUAAAUUAAUUUGGUAGUGGUACUCGUACUAGUAUUUCUAAAUUUGGUAGUGGUACUCGUACUAGUAUGUCUAAAUUUGGUAGUGGUACUCGUACUAGUAUGUCUCUUCGGUAGUGGUACUCGUACUAGUAUCCUCUCCCGUGGUGGAGGAGCGGCCACCUAACAAAAGGUGUAGUUCCCGACCCCAUAGUAGAAGAUAAAGAGUGCUGAAUUUGAAUACAACAAGGGAAAAUAUAAGCAGUAUACAUAAUCACAAGACCCACUCGCACUCUAAGACGAAAUUGCGAUCGUAGCAUGCAAGUGAUCCAAACCGCAGUGGCCGAAUUCCAUCAUAGUGCCGCUUAUCGGGAUGCUGCAGCUUAUGGAAAGACUCCCCUUCAGCAUUAGGUAGAAUAUUAUCCCUCUCCUCAGCAUUACUUAGGUAGGAUGGUAUUUUUAUCCCUCUUCUACAGUUGCUACACUGCUCUACAACUAAGUACAAGAGUAGUAGACUUCGCUUAACAAGAACGAAAAACUUCCAACAUAAGUUGUUGCAUGCUUCUGCUGUACUACUUGAUUCUGCUAUCAAUUUCUUGUCUAUACAUAGCAGUAGCACCCGCCCCACGCCCUCCACACAUGACAUAAAGACCCGCUCUUCUAUUCGGAGGCCGCACCCGAAUAGAAGAACGGGUCUUUAUGUUGUGGGACCCUCACCCGCUCUAGCCCUUUUUUCAUACCCAGAACAGUUCUACUCCCGAUGCUUCUGCGGCUUUCCGUCAGUCCAUGGAUGAACCGACUUCGAGCAGCGAUGCGCCACAGCUUACCGCUUUGAUUAAGACGCUAUCUGAUCAUCAGAACCCAUCUUGACUCACAGAGGCCUGCUCCUCCAGCCCCUUUUGCUGAUUCAUUGAGAACAACAGUCGCCGAACUCGAAGAUGUCUACUUACUUCUUGGUAAAUACAUUACUGACUCUGGGUCUGCGUCUGGCCUUUCUGAGCGAAAAGCAGGAGCUUGCUGAGCUCUAACUUCAACUACGUGAAAAACGCACUGCAUGAAGUUUUGCAUAGUGUUGAUCCGAGAUACCUUGGGCGUUCUCAAGUUCCUACUGUGCGCGAAGUUGCUGCAGGUCAACGUGCAGGGGUUAACGCAACUCCUAGUACUGGUGGAGUCGCUAGCACAGUAUCUGGAGGGAAUACAACAACAUCCACAUCAGCACCUGUUAAGGCUACACCAUUGGACGUUGGAGCAUCCUCAGCACUAAGUUUCUUGGCCUUCUUUUCAAGGGGAAAAGGGACGCAAGGACGAUUGGCUGCUCAGGGAUACGUCGCGGUACAACUAGCUCUAAAACUGGCACUGCUACUGGAGGAGUAGUUAAUACAACUACGUCGACUGGGUCGCCGAAAGUUGGGAAUUCACCACCUUCACCAGGCAGCCGUACGAUAAUGGGAAGCACGUUGGACAUGUUCCAGCAACCAAUAGGGAGUAAGGUGGCUCUCGCGAGCUUCAGUGUCGGCAGUCCGAAUGGAGAGACACGACUUGUGGGCGCUAGUAAUCUGUAUGGCUAUCGCUAUGGUGGACAAGAAAAUAUCAGUUCUUCUAGCUUAUCACACCAGUCCACCUCCUACUAGCCUAUCCUACUUACAAUAGAUAUAGAAGAAAGCAUCUCGUCACUUUCUAUAGCAACGUAAUAGAAGAUCAAGAGUAGGAGUAUGUUGGUGGAGCUAGGAGUUCAAUCGGAUUUUUUUGUAGUUCAUCUUCGUUUCGCUUUCAUGUUCAUCAAAUUCUCCCUUUCAAUGCUUACUCAACAACUCCUGCAACGAUAUAGAUAGUACUUUCAUCUUCUUUCCCUCUUCCAGUUCCACCUCUACUUCCUCCUGCUCAUACCUCUUGCCAGGCACCUCAAUCGGUCAAUUCCUCACCAACAAGACCAGCAUCAACAGCACCCCUUCAUAACCCACUUGGAGCUACGGGACCUGGUGCAAGUCCACAAGUGAAGCCUCCAUCAGCUGGUCAGCUAACCAUUCCGAGCCUGAAUUUUAACCCAGCUACAAUGACACCCCAGCCACCUCCGCAGUUAUGCCUAUUUCAUACUACUUCGUCCUUGUGAUCAAGUACGGGCUCUUCAUCAUGAUGCGUGUGCAUUCUCAUAGAAGAAUGCUCGAAGGGCGUCGCGGUCGCCCUCGCCAGUCAGUCUGUUGUAAUAAAUUGGAAUUACUCAGAAUCAUUAAAUCAUGAAAAUCUUCUCGUGCUCUAACAUCAGCAGGAGCUCCUUCGUUUUUGUCUUCCAACACGCCACGCGCUGCACCGCCAGCAGCAAGUGGAGCGGGUGGACGCUUAUCGCCGCCUCAGCCCAUAGGCAACAUAUCGCCCAACAAGCUUGGACCCACAUUAAGGCUAUCGCUAGAGCAUCCUCUUCCGCAGGAACACCUUUCCUGCCUCUUUUCCUACUCGAAAAAAUUGAGACACAUGAGGAAGAUGCUCUCUGCGAUGCGAAGGCGGUAGCUCUAACUACACCUACCGCUGCGUCGCCUAGUAUGGUGCCGGGUCAACUGACAGCCCCUAACUUGAACUUUCAACCACAAAUCAGCCUCCCGCCUACUAGCACUGGACAGUCGCAACAAUCGCGACAAGCUGCAGCGAUCACUCCACGAGGACCAGUAAAAAACAAGAAAUCCAAAGUGAAGGGAAAUACGACUAGUUCUAGUAAGUAGCGGAGAGUGCGACUAGUAAUAUGCAGUAAGUAGUGGAACUGAAUGGCUCCGGUCUUGGGUACCCUGAUUUUGAUCAUAAGGAACAAAUGGGGUAUGGAGCAGCUACGUGGGUAUGGAGCAGGGAUCCUUCCGAUGAGAGCACAGACUAAGAUUUUUUCAAGCCACCAGAAAUAAUUUGGCUAUAGUAGGCACAAUGAAUUAUUCGACCUAGCAUAAAUCCAUCUCGGUGUCGGUGAGCAUCCUGGCUCCAGUUUCCCCUUGAGAAACGGGACCAAGAUGCCAGGGAAGAUGCAUUUACUGUAGCCUUAAAAUUAGAAAUUACAACAACACUAAUAUUAUAUAUAUCGAUAACCACUACAACCAGAGAUACGGAUUCACUCGAGACGAGCACACCAUUCGAAGAAACGACACGCCAUCAUCAACAUCAACACUCAGGCGCUACGGCGUGUAGUAAAGUAGUCGUAUCUAUCGUUAUCAAAUGCAUCAUAGUAGAUCGAAGUGAGAAGUCAGAUCAUGACGAGACAGAUAUAGAAGCUUUAGGCUUCCUUGUUGUAAGAAAAUAGAAAGUCGAUAGCUAUAUGUUGCUGUUGGUCCUCUUAAGUAUAAUCGUUCCACACCACAAUAAAAAAGUAUUUUUAUGCUGUCCAUUUUCCUGUAUCAGAGAUCAUUUGGGGCCGACCAGCGUCGGCUAUGUACAAAAGCGAGUCUUCCUAGAGCGUUGCUGAUAUCUUCUUCACAACAUGUAUUUAACUAGGUACUAGAAUUAUUAUUAUGCAGACUAGGUACUAGAAUGAAAAUAGCAUUUAUUUUGACACACAAAUCACGUAAACUUAGAAUGUGAAUGAUUUUGAAUUUCAUGGAAAAAAAAUCGUUGGUACAUAGAAGAAGAUUUCUAGAAACACAGACUAGAAGUAUUUACCACAUGCAGCAUCAGCAUAAUCUUGAAUCAUUCAACAUAAAAGUCAGAAACAGGCAUGAUAAAAAAUGUCGAAAACAGUGAGAGCAAGUGUGUUAGUCUGAAUGUCCAGUUAUCUACUACUAGACAAGAUUGCUCCGAUUCACCUAUCGAUGCCAAUGAACAACGAGUCGCAAGAACGAAAUUAGAAAUGGAGGUGCUGUACGUAGUGACGAAGGGGCGCGAUUGCAAUUAUCAGUAAAUUGGAACCAUGUGUAUAUUAUGGGCAAUUGAUUCCAGCAACACGUCGCUAUCUAUUAAAGUUGGCCCAAGGCUCCUCGACGUUGUUCCUGUUAUGAGUAAUGUUUAUUGUUCCAUCCGUGCGACCAAGACCAUCGCGGCCCCCUUUAAUGCUAUACAUUUUGAAGGGGAAAAGGGUAGGUAGCCGCGAUAUGAGAAAUCUCGACAGGUCAAUUGGUAAUAUCUUAUGUAUGAAGUCUGACUAAUUCAGAUGUCGUUUGUUAUGAAGUCACUUCAUCUUCAUGUUGUGAAGUCAUUUGUUAUGAAGUCGAUUGCGCUUGUGAUGCUGAUGCACGUGAAGGGAUUUGUCAUAGUUGUGGAGUCAUUCAGUUGGUACUCGUUAGCCUUAGCAGGCAGCCUGUAGUUUAAUAAAGAACUAUGACAUACAAAAAAGCAUUAUUUAACCUACAAAAAAGCCUGUAGACAUGAACUCUUUGCAAUUACAGAGCUUCCUACAUAAUCUGGCAUCUACUUCUGGCACUAUGGCAUCCUGCUCCGGUGGGUGCUUAUCUGAAUCCUCUUGCAACUUUCGGCUACUGAGUCUGUAUGUUCAGUCAUCAU